CAUCAGUACUGGGACUCGAUCUUUACAAUAUGCCCCCGUGAUCGAAGUGUAGUAUCAACAAUAAUUCAAUCCUAUAGCUAGCUCGUAGCUCUUCUAUACUAUUGUGUGUGUGUGUAUAUAUAUAUACAGACACACAUCCUUUAUAUAUCUAUCAUCGUCUGGUCCUUCUAUAAUAAGUGAAUACGCACCUUUAGAAUGUCCAAGGCUUAGAAAAUGGAAGCCCUCAAGGUUCCAGGAAGAGAGCAGGAACAGUUGGUCCCAAUUAGGGACACUUACAAGAUUGCAUACAUAAUCCACUUCUUGCUCGGGGCCGGGAAUUUGCUCCCAUGGAAUGCUUUCAUCACGGCCAUUGAUUACUUCGGUUAUCUCUAUCCUGGAAAUCACAUCGAGAGAGUCUUCUCUGUGGCUUAUAUGAGCUCUUCAGUGCUCAUCCUGGUUAUAGUGGUGGGCUUCGGAGGGUGGAGCCGGAGGCUGAGCUUCAGGACCCGCAUGAACUUUGGGUUCUUCAUGUUUGUUGCCUCUCUUAUGGUUGCUCCAGUCAUGGAUUGGACCUGGAGUGGAGGCUCUAGGACGGGCAAGAAUCAAGAUGAAGCAUAUCCUGUUACGGUCUUGGUGGUCGUGGUAUGUGGACUGGCAGACGGGUUGAUUGGGGGAAGUUUGAUCGGAUCUGCCGGAAAACUGCCUAAGCAGUAUAUGCAGGCUGUGUUUGCCGGAACUGCUUCUUCAGACGCUGUUUGCUGGUUGACAGGUGUUUUAGUGUCCGUCCUAAGAAUCAUCACAAAGGCAUCUCUCCGGCAAAAUCCUCAGGGUCUCCGAACUAGUGCUCACUUCUAUUUCAUUGUCAGCACUUUCAUUCUGGUUGCCUGCACAGUCUGCUGCAAUCUGCUGUACAAGCUGCCAGUCAUGAGACAACACUAUAUGACCCUUCACGGCGACCCACCAUCUCCAAGGCCGAGAUUCCUAGAAGUGGCAGAGAAGAUUCGAUUCCCAGGCCUCGGCAUAGUUUUGAUAUACAUUGUGACCUUAUCUAUAUUUCCGGGAUUCCUAGCGGAAAAUGUCCGAUCAGAUCUCCUCAGGGACUGGUACCCGGUUCUGUUGAUCACGACGUACAACGUGGCUGAUCUGAUGGGGAAGUCCUUGACUGCAGUCUAUGUCAUGCCGAGCAUUAAGAGGGCUACAUGGCUUUCCACAGGGAGGUUGAUGUUCUAUCCAUCGUUCAUGGCUUGCCUCCAUGGACCCCAGUGGCUCAAGAGCGAGGUUCCAGUGGCGAUUCUGACAUUCUUGCUCGGGUUGACCAAUGGCUACUUAACAAGCGUCCUCAUGAUACUGGCCCCUAAGUCGGUGCCAGCCACGGAGGCGGAACUGUCCGCGAUUAUCAUGGUCGUGUUCCUAGGAGUUGGGUUAGUUAGCGGUUCAGUCAUUGGUUGGUUUUGGAUCAUUUAAUAAUUAGCUUUUUAGGUUAAGGGCCGGCCGGAAUGCCAAUGGGUAUUGAUACUAUUCCCUGCGUGUCAUUUUAAUUUGCAAUUGCUAGCUAGCUAGCUAGCUAGAAAGUUUCGUGCCAUGGCUGGAUUUGGUCUCUUGACAAUGUAAUAGUACUCGAUAAUAUAUCAGAGUAAAACUAGCUAGCUAGUCGUUGGUCUCUUCCAAACAAUAUAUGAGAGACUACUCCAUAUUAAACUUUUACUUAAUUGCUCAAA